AUGAAUUUCCCCUCGAACCGCGUCGCUGUGAUCGGCGCAGGUAUCAGUGGUAUUGUUGCUGCUGCGCACCUGAAGAAGGAAGGCCUUCAUGUCACAGUCUUUGAGCGAUCUAGUGCUGCAGGGGGCAUAUGUCCUUGCUAUGUUGGUCUGAGGAACAACGUGAGCACACGUCUACUGGAAACCACGUUGAAUCGAUUCCCAGCUGGAACUGAGGAUUAUGUAACGCACAAAGUUUUGGCAGACUACAUACAGAGCACCGCAGUUUCAACGGGGGUACAUGAUAUAACACAGUACGAUACCAACGUGAGGCAUGUUUCGAAAAGUGGUAGAUCAUGGUCAGUCGAAACAGCAACACUGCAGACCGAUACCACAGGUGCCGUCAGAUGGGAGAUCUCUACUCAGAGCUUUGAUGCGAUAGUAGUCGCUUCAGGCCACUACCACUCACCAAAAGUUCCUACCACCCCUGGACUGGCAGACUGGAAAAGAAGGUGGCCAAAUAGGGUAGAACACUCUAAACGCUAUCGAAGGCCUGAAAAUGCGCAUUCAAAGAACUACUUGCUCGUUGGUGGAAGCGUAUCAGCAACGGACAUCGCGCGCGAGCUCGGGCCAUAUGCAAACAAGAUCUUCCAAAGUCAAAGAAAUGGCAAAUUUGACCUUCCCGCUAGCAUGCUGCCUGACAACGCCUACCGGGUCGACGAGGUGGUAUCAUACAACGUGCCUGAUGUGGGUAAAUCAACGUCACUGGGCCCGUCCGAAGCGAUCCCAGCUACCGUGACCCUAAAGUCGGGCGCGAAGAUCUGCGACAUUCAUCAUGUCAUACUUUGUACGGGUUAUCAUCUUACUCUACCAUUCUUGCCUCAGCUUCACUCGGACAAUAUACUAGUCGACAAAGCAGAUGAGACAAUGCUGGUGACGGAUGGGACGCAGUUUCACAACCUACACAAGGAUGUCUUCUACAUCAACGAUCCCACGCUUACCUUUAUCGGCGUUCCUUUCUUCACGGCUACAUUCAGCUUAUUUGAGUUUCAAGCCAUGGUGGUCGCCAAGGUACUCUCUGCUCAGGCGAGGCUUCCUAGCAAAGAGGCCAUGCGGAGAGAAUACAACGAGAAGGUGAAGAUCAAGGGCCAUGGGAAAAAAUUUCAUAGCCUAAGAGACCAAGAGGCAGACUACGUCAACGAGCUUCUAGCUUGGGUCAACUCUGACCUAGAGAGAGCAGGCAAAGGGAGGUUGAGCGGACACACAGAGAAAUGGCAUGCUGCACGAGCGGACAAUUUGGCACGGAUGAAAGCUUUAUUUACCAGUACGAUCUCUGAGAAGAGACUCGAAUUCGAUGAACACCGCAUUGAACUCCUCAAUGCCUUAGGUUAUGCAUUCUACGCGACGUUAACGAGUUUAUCCAUUCAAGUUAGGCUCUUAGUCGACAUCCCAUACGCACUGGUACUCCGCGGUCCUUAUCUCUGGAUAUAG